AUGCGCCAGCUGCUGCGCUGGGGAUCACGUCGCCGCAAAUUGAGGUUUGCAUCGCUGGCUUGCUUCCUGGGCGUAUCCACGGCCUUUGCUUUUGGAGGCCAUGGCAGCAAUCCUUUUCAGGUGCUCGGCCUCCGAAGCGAUGCAGAGGACGACGAUGUACGACCGGCCUUCCGCCAGUUGGCCAAGAUCUACCACCCAGACGUGCCGGAGACGGGCGACGAGCAUCGCUUCCGCCGCAUCUCUUGGGCAGCCGAGGAGCUCUCGACUGCAGCAGGCAGGCGACAGUGGCGGGCUGUGGUUGCAGGCAUCAAGCCGCCGCGGGACCAGGAGGCCGCCGACUUUCCAAGACGAGCCGAAGCGGAAGCUCCCUUUGGUGAAUAUGAGUCACUGGAGGACGAUGUUUUCGACCUGGGCUCUACCAGCCCGAGGCGUACCAAGAAGAGGAAGUCGAGUUCUUUUGCAGACAGCCGUAAACGAAGAGAGAAGUGGCGGACUCGCGUCACUGGUCGAGCGAAAGCAGCAGCUGAGAACUCUGACAAGGCCGAGAUCAAGGCAAGGAG